AACCUAUAAAUUCUUCUGUUUCUAAUCGAUCCCUAACACAAAUUUCCUCCCUUUUUUCUUCCCUCGCAGCCCACCUCUCCUCCUCCUCCGUCUCUCUUCUCACAUUCCUCUCGCCUCCUCCAUCGACCCCGAGACCUCUGUCAGCCUCGGCAACUUCUCUUUCCUCUGACACAACGGGCCGCAACACCUUCCUCUCCACUCUCAUAUUCCUGCACAGGUUACAGUUCUCUUCAUUUUUUCUCUUAAACCACUGAUCAAUCAUUAUCCUACCCUCCACCCCUAUAACUCAUUACAUGCAUAAUGAGAAAUUUCAACAGUAGCAUCUAAAUUUUGGUUUGCGAGUUCAAUUGAGAAGAGAGCAUUUCCUGGUGCUUCCUUCAUCUCGUGGUUGAUUGAAAUUGGAGAAGGAAGCUGAACACGGUGGAAAAGCAUAGAAAGAAAUGUCUAGUCAGCAGCAGGAAAGAGAAAAGGAUGUGCAAAGCACAAAUCCCCAUGGUUUGAGAGAAAUGGUAGAAGAACAGUACAAAAAAAUCAGAGAGAAUGCAGAAACUUAUCCAUAUGUAUGGGCAUCAUAUAUUGUAGUAUACGGUGGUUUUGCCUUGUGGACUACCUAUAGGUGGAGAAAACUUCGAAAGACUGAGGACAGAGUACGAGCUCUUCAAGAAAGACUCCGCAAACUUGUUGAUUCUCAGGACUCUGCAACUUCAUCAACUCUUGAAAAGGCUCCUCCUUCUAUUGAUAAAUCCAAAUGCCCCAAAUAGCUCAUCUGUCCUUGCCAUUUCCUCUAAGAAACAAGUGUCUUAAAGUCUGAAUGUAAAUCUCCUCUCCCAAAUAGCUCAUCUACUUCAAUAUUUUCCUUUCAGAUACUAGAGAAGUGUUCAAGCUGUUAUCAAAUUUACAGCUUUUGGCCCUUCAUGCGGUAGAGCAAAAUCUGUAGUUAACUAGAUUAGUGAGUUAUUUAGGUUUUAUUGUUUCAGUUAUUGAUGGCAUUGUGAUUUCUAUU